AUGGUCAUGAUCUACCAGAGGACGUCUGCGCGUGACCUCGAGAAACCGGGAGACAGUCCUAAUGAGAGCAUUGCCGCAUCUCGCUCAAGCUUCGGCAAACCCUCCCCGAGGCGACGGACGAGUACCUCUCCAUGGAAGACGCACGCAUUCAUGUUCGGCGUCUUGUUCAUUGCCACGGCAGUCUGCGUUGCCCAUCACGUCUUUCUGUCAGCCCUGAACCGGAGAAACGUCGAAGAGUUUACCAUCUCGCAGACAUGGGUUCGGGACAUCGGGAAUGCCCUAGCAGGCCUGACCCAGUUCCUCCUGCAGAUCUCGGUCGGGGUCGCCUUGACACAGAGUAUAUGGCUGUACAUCCGCGGGAAUCGCGUAACCUUAAACAACCUUGAUGUUCUAUUCUCACUCCCAUCCAUCUCGAGCAUGCCAUCGAGCCUAUUCAAGAGCGACGUGCUCUACGUUCUCAUCCUAGCAGGAGUGAUCCAGACGCUCUCCCUCGUGAGCGUCUUUGCGCCCAACGCUCUAUCGGUCGUGCCUGCCAGUCCGACCGGUUUCAACCUGAGCGUUCCUGUCCCGCUACUUGAUCGCAUCCCUGCGGCCACUAGCACCUACUUCCUGUUUGUCGACUUCAUCUGUCCGAGCGUUGACGAGACGGAUGAAUGCUCGGCCCAGUAUGCCUACCUGAGCCCGUCGUCCGGCUUUCAAAGGCUCGCUCGUGCUGUUCUAGACAGCGGCUCCAUACUCUCAUGGGAUCCUCCGGCAGACUGUGGUCGAGGAUGCAAUUACGAAGUCAGCUACUGGGGACCUGCUUUGAGAUGCGCAGAUGUCCCGCAGUCCUCCAUAGAUGUAUUCAGCUCAAACUACACCGAAUGGAUCAAUUUCAACGCCUCCGUGGAUCCCAGCGUCGACGUUGUGGACCCAUCGUACUUCCUGGAAGGAGCAUACGUCUAUAACGCCACAACCAGUCUCGGGAGCACCACUAUUUGGCCUCCAGGAGGAGGUCCGAACGCCGCACCAAUCUUCGCGUCGACUGCUUAUGCAGACCAGCCGUUCACUCUUGACGUCGUCUAUGCGACCAAUGGUUUCACGAUCCCAUACGCGCCAAUGGUGUACUACAACAUGACCGGCUACUCGUGUGUCUUUCAUAACGCGACAUACACCACUUCCGUCAACUACACGAACGGUAGUCAAACAAUUGCCAGCCGCGUCGUGGAGUACGGCGCUCAACUUGGGCCGAUCACCUACACAGGCGAUGUGAAUGGGUCGUACCUCCAUGGGUCGGACCCCGAGUUUCUUUCUACGUAUGCCGCCCUUGGUAUAGCCAGUGCUAUAGCGAAAUACGUUUAUGGGACCAUCGGAAUAGACAACCUUGUCUUGACCCCAUCAUUCACGAGCGUACUCAGCUCAAUCUUUACCAUGCACACGAACUUCACCGGGAUACCUGACGUUUUAAAAGGCAGUAGUACGAGAGACAACGCAUUCUCACUUUCCCUGGUUUCGACAUACUACAAUAACUUGGGUAGCCUGCUGGAGGACGCUUGCACGAACUUGACAGCAUCUUUGAUGUCAGAUACGGCCAAUCUUGGACUGUAUGCCCAGAUUCCUGCGACCGUGAUACCAGACAACGACGUGUACGCCUAUCAGGCGUCUCGCCUAUGGCUUGUAUACGGUCUGGCUCUGCUCAGCGCAUUUUGCGCUGACCUCUAUGGCGUGUUCUGCAUCUCCAAAAACGGUGGCGCAAUGCAACGUACCUUCUCUUCCAUCGCUGCGUCCGUGCGGAGCCGCAAUCUGGACGUGCUCCUCAACGAGCCGAAGGGGUUCCUGCCUGAUCAAGCAAAGACGGUCAAGCUACGCUAUCUCGCGGGUAGCCAUGCGGCGGGAAAGGGGGCGGGGUUUACGCUUGCUCAUGGUUUCAAGGACGAAGACGAUGAGGAGAUGGAGAUGUCCGAAACGAUCGGCUUGACGAGUGCGCUGCUCGAGGAGUUCGGGCUAGUCAAUCUCGCAGGACGAUGCGCGCCUCUCAGCCUGCGCGACUCGGACGACAUCGGCUACGUCACCUUCGUCCUCUUCCCCCGGCACUUCACCAACCCGCUCAUCGCGGCCGAGACGAUCAGCCACAUCACGCUGUUCCGCAACUACCUGCACUACCAUAUCAAGUGCAGCAAGGCGUAUAUGUACUCGAGGAUGCGGCAUCGCGUGGCGGAGUUUCAGAAGGUGCUUAAUAGGGCUAAGACGGAGGUUGCGGCGGGUGGGGCGGGGGAGAGGAAGACUGUUACCGGACGCACUGUCGGUCGCUGA